AAGCCCUCUGGCCAGUGCGAGCAUGGUGCCUGUCCACAUACUGACUCCCAAAGCCCAGAAAACUGUUCAUGCACACAUAGAGGCCCCCUUCGUUGUCCUGUAAAGAAAGAAGACAUAGGGAGUGUCCCUCCUCCUGGUCUCAGUCCCGUCUCCUCCGCGGACGGCUCGUCUCCGGGACCAUGGCGCUGCCCUCCGGUCGACUCGCUGUAUACGUGGCGUUUCAUUUUGUCCUGCUAGGAUCACCCAGUGUCACCGCAGCUCCUCCGGCCGUCGGCGGCAGCGGCGUGCUGUCACUCCUGCGGCCCUAUGACUUAUUUUACUACAGCGGGGUUCGAGCUUACUUUGACGGCGACUGGACGAAGGCGGCGGAGCUGCUGGAGAAGUCCAUCGCGACCAAGGAGUCGCUGCUCACGGUCCGCAGGCGGUGUCAUGCCGAGUGUGAGGCCGCAGGGACAGGGGCUCUGCACAAACUGGACUCUGAGGAGGGGAGUCUGUGGGACCUCUGGGCCUUGGACUGGGUGCAGCAGAGGGCUGAGUGUCUGAGGUUUUGUGUCGGACGCUCUGUCACCCCUGCAGGGCAACUCCCUGUUUCUUCAGACAUAGAAUAUGAAUUUGGCACUCGCAACCCCUACAACUAUCUGCAGGUCACAUACUACAAGUUGGAAAAGUUGCAGAAGGCGGCGUCAGCAGCUCAUACGUACUUUGUGGCCAAUCCCAAUCACCUGGAGAUGAGGAACAACAUUGAGAAGUACAGGAGGAUGGAAGGAGUGACUGAGGAGGCCUUCCAGGACCGAGAGAUUGAGAACGAGAAACACUGGGUCCUUUAUGAUGCUGCAGUCCAGUAUGAGGCCUCCUCUGACUGGGCACGAGCGUCCAAGCAAUGGAAAGCGUGCGUGAAUGAAACACUGCGGCAGACGGAGGAGUGCAGGGUACAGUGUGAAGUGGCCUCCCAACGGCUGCCCGAGGACAGGGGAGUGGAUAGUGUUGACGGCAUGUUCGAGAAGGCUGCAGCUCUUUCCCUCUCCCUGCUCUCAUGCCGGCAGUAUUGUGUGACUCAGGUUGCAACACGACCCGGAAGGAUUUCUGCCCAAGAGAACUACCUGCCCACUCAGCUGGAGCAUCUGCACAUUGCACAGUUUAAAGCUGGUGACAUUAGUGGAGCAGUGCAGACUCUGCGCUCUCUUCUCCUGUUUUACCCCACCGACGCGGCCUCUCUGGACAACCUGCAGCUCUACCAUGAGACACUAGGGGGAGACACAGAGCCACCAGGCACACAGCCUGCUCAGGAGAUUGUCAGAUACGUAAGUCGCUCUCUGCAGGAGAAGAAGCUGCUCUAUUUCGGUAUGGAGAACCUUGACUUCACUUUUACCGACCCAGAUCUUUGGACUCCUGAGGAUGUCGUACCUGAAUCACUGAGGGAGGUUUGGAGAGCUGAUCAAGAGAAGACAAAUGAUAAAAUAAAAGAGGGAGAGCAGCAGGAGGAAGUGGAUGACAGUGGCUUUUAUGCGGGUGGUCCAGUCCGUCAGGUGGGUGUGACCAUCACCAUGGACGACCAGAUUUUGAACGGGACCAAUCGCGUGGUACUAGACGGAGUCAUGACGGAGAAGGAGUGCGAGAAAAUACUGCACUUAGCAACGGCUGCGGCAUCAGCUGGAGAUGGUUACCGAGGACGACGAUCUCCGCACACGCCCCAUGAGACGUUUGAGGGCCUGACUGUGCUCAGGGCUGUAAAGUUUGCUCAGGAUGGCCUGGUCAACCAAUCGGAUGCCAGGCUCUUACAUGAACUGGGCGAGAGAGUGAGAGACCUGCUGCAUUCCUACUUCAGGAGCCCCUCGGGACUCUUCGUCUCCUUCACACAUCUGGUCUGUCGCAGUGCUAUCGCAGGGGACCAGGAGGGCAGAUUGGACCUGUCUCACCCUGUCCACGUUGACAACUGUCUCCUCGAGCCCGACACCAAACAGUGCUGGAAGGAACUGCCAGCGUUCAUACACAGAGACCUCAGUGCCAUUCUCUACCUGAAUGACAACUUUGAUGGAGGAGAGCUGUUUUUCACUAACAGGGAUGCCAAGACAGUAACAGCUCAAGUCAAACCGAGCUGUGGCAGACUGGUGGGCUUUUCUUCAGGUCCAGUAAACCCCCACGGUGUUACUGCAGUGACCAACGGUCGGAGAUGCUCGCUCGCUCUGUGGUUCACAAAGGAGAAGCCCUACAGGGACAUGGAGCGAGAGGAGGCAGAGGCCCUGUGGGCUGCAGACGGACAGAGUGUGGUAAAAAAGGACAAGGAGGAGGCGGAGGGCGGCAGCACCACCACCACCACCAGGAACGCUCGGAGCCAAGUAUCAAAGGAGAGGAGCAGAGGGAGAGGCAGGGUGACGGGGGCCAAAGAUGAGCUGUGAGAGCCCCAACAAACCGGAAAGACUAAAGCUGGAACUUCAUUUUGUAUCUAUUCUAGUGGGAAAAGUCUGCCCCAUCCCACAACAUGACUAAAACACCAACCAUGAUUUUACAACAUGCUUUUUCAGUUUUCACCCACACAUUCACUCUCUUCAUCAUGCUUCAUUUGUAUGUACCGUAAAGCUGGUGUGUAUAUACUGUAUUAUAUUGUAUAUGAUGAAGGUAAGUGGGGGUAACACUGUCUUGUCUAAUGUCCGUGUGUACUUUUGUCUUAGCAGCUUUACUGACCGGUAUCGCUCCCCUUUUAAAAAUGAAGAGAAUAAAAAGAAGAAAUGAA